GUAGUUUCUCCUCUUCUAUUACUGAAGUUGGUGCCUCUCACGGUCAGUGACAGGAUUUGCCUCUCACGGUCGGACGAGAAACUGUUUUGGGGACAAGGAUGGGGGAUUCAGACGACGAGGCUAAAAUGACUGUGGGAUUUGAACAGAGGUUCCACGGCACUAGGAAAGACAUUCUAAUGGGUGCUCGUGAUAAGAAUACUCCGUUGUAUGUUAAUGUGCACCCUCAUCAGCCAUGGGUUGUCUUUAUUGCUCAAGGAAGAUCCGUUCAAGUGUGGAACUGCGAAGAGGGGAGGGGAGUCAAAGCUUGGGACAUAGCGAGGGUUAUAGGCCGAUCGGAAGCAGCAAAGAUUGUAGCCCGGCAGAACCGACUGUUCAUCGUGCUGAGGAAACGAAACUGUUUCCUGAUGUGCGAAGUGCAAGGGCAAAACUGGGAGUUGCAGCAAUUGAAGAGUGUGAAAGCACAUCGCAGCCGAGUUGAGGAUGUGCUCUUUCAUCCUACCUUAUCUAGUGUGAUAACGUAUUCCGUAAGGUCAGUUAAGCUAUGGAAUUGGACAGCAGGCUGGGUAUCUAAGACCUUCAAAUGUGAGUCUGGGAAAAUAACUGCAGCAGCAUUUCAUCCACAGGAGUCGGAGAUUGUCUUUGCGAGUGCCUCGAGGGACAGGAAAAUCAUCAUAUGGAAUGGGGCAACAAGUUCUCCUACUCGGAUACUUGACGCGCAAUACAAGAUGACAACCCUUCAAUUUUCGGCCAACCAUGAGAAGCCAUACCUGGUCGCAGGUUCUUCGGUUGGAACAAUAGAGGUCUUCAACUACGUAGAGGGACGCAGGUUGGCUACACUGGCCGGCCUGACAGGCAGCAUCUGUUCAGUCUUCUUUCAUCCACAAUCGCCGUACAUCUUUGCGGCCUCCAUGGACGGAACCAUCGUUGGUUGGAGGCAGACGGAGGAGUCCGAAGAAGACUAUAACAUUGAGCAAGAGAUAUGCUAUGCCAGUGGUUUGAAUGAAGUUUGCAGCAUGGCUCCUUGUGGAAACUCUGGCAUGCUUGUUGUUGGAGGCAGGGCGGAGUUCGUCGUGUUGGACGUGGUCCAGAGAGAAGUGGAGGAGGAAACACCAGAGUUACUAGUGCAACAAGCAUUAGAGAAAGCAAGCUGCGCCCAAGAGAUUUUGGCUACAUCUUUGACGCUCAGCAGAAGAGCGGUAAAACUGCAAGCAGAGAAGACCCGGCGGCUGGAAGUUGAGGCAGCUGUGAUGAAGACCCGGAUAUCAGAGAUGGAAGAGGCGUCUCAGAGGCAGAAACAGAGGAUUGAACAGUUGGAGUCAUGCCAAUCGAACAACCAGGCUCCUCAAGGUGGGGUUUUGGCAACGGCCAGUGGAGUGGGCAAUGAUUCAGAAAGAAUUAACACUCAUCAUUUCCAAGAAUAUUCGGUGAACAGCCUUCACUCUGCAACCAACAACUUCAAUGAGAACAUGAAGCUGGGCGAAGGCGAUCACGGAUGCGUCUUUUAUCAAGGAAAGUUCCAGCAACAGAUUCAAGUCUUAAUGAAGAAACCGAAGGUCAAGAUCGAGUUCUCCCUGUUUGACAGAGAGCUGGUGGGGAGGUUGAGAUCCCUACGGCACCCCCAUUUGUUGAGACUCUUGGGGGUUUGCUACGAGGAGAAUUGCCUUGUUUACGAGCACAUGGCGAACGGAAAUCUGAGGGAUUUUCUUACAGAUCAUGGCGAAUCUUCCCCCAGACGACACCUGCCAUGGUAUGUUCGCUUGCGGGUUGUCCGCGAGAUUGCGGAAGCCCUCUUCUUCCUUCACUCGAACAAGUCAAGCGACGGUAGGCCGGAGCCUAUCGUCCACUGCGCCAUAAAGCCAGCCAACAUCCUUCUGGAUGGAGAAUUUAUGGCCAAGCUCAGUGGUGUAGACUGUGCCUUACUUCUUCCUAAACUUGCUGCACUCAAUCAAAAACCAGAACUUUGUCUGCAACUGGAAACUGGCGGACGGUACAUUGCCCCCGAGUACUUGCAGGUUCGUGCGUUCAACGAGAAGACCGACAUAUACGCAUUUGGUAUCACUUUGCUGGAAAUGCUGACAGGGAAGUGCCAGAGCUCUGCCGAACCCGAUCAAGAAGUGCUCGAUAACAUGGUGAAGCACGACAAUAUUCUAAGGAAUUCUCUGGACCCAAGCGCAGGCUCAUGGGACAUUGAGCUGGCCCGAGAACUGGCAAAACUGGGACUGGCAUGUGCGAGUUUGGAAAGACGGCAGCGACCAGACAAGGGGACCAUUCUUGGACUAUUGGAGGGAAUUGCUUUUCCCACAGGGUGUGCUGGGCCAGUAGGGGGCUAUGGCCGGCCACGGGACGACGUUGAGUUGAUGAUACGGAAGACGAAGGCGAAAGGGAGGGAAACUGCUGGUGAUAACGCCAAAUCCGGGGUGGAUGAAGUAGUAGGUAUGGUCCGGAGAAGGGAAAUCAGAGCACCGGGGGUCGCUAGUGGUGGCGCAGUGGAAUUCCCGAGGACACAGCCGGUUCUCGGUAUGGCAGGGGUAUCUCUUGUUACGAUGUGGUCAUUGGGGAACGCACAAGAAGAAAAAACAUUAGAACUCCAAAGGACAAUGAACGGGACUGGGGUGAUGGAUGUGGCACUUACCAAAGCAUAUUUUGCAAUCCUUCAGGAGCAUGCAAUCGAGGUAUGGGCCACUUCCACUGACAACCUUCAUUGGAAAAUCGAGACUCCCGCAAAGAAUUCUGCAAUUGAGUUCUGCAGGGGCCCCAACAAGUCUCUUUUGGCCGUGGGUGAUAGAAACGGCACUCUUCACGUGUGGGACUACGAGACAAGAACACGUGUGGCCACCUCAUUGAAAGGUCAUGAAAAGGAAGUCCAUGCCAUUGCUUGGUUUGAUUACAUCUUCUCUGCAUCAAAGGGUGGUGAGAUUGUGGUUUGGGACGAGUCAAGCUAUCAACCAAUUCAACGCUAUUCCUGUGGAUUGACAUAUUCGACAAAACUCGCUCUGGCCCCUUGUGGCGAUGUGCUUCCUAGUGCACUGAUUGUUGGAGACGGUUCCGGUGUUGUUGUUCUGGACAUCAAAAGCCAGACCAGAGCAUCAACAAUGUCCAAAGCAUCCAAAGAAGAGGAGCUGCAAGAAACCGUCAAGAAGCAAGCAAAGAGAAUCCAAGAGCUCGAGGAGGAGCUGAAGGAGUCUAGCGUACGGCUGAAAGACGUGGAGUGUGGGUCCAAAAAACAUGCCAGUGAGUGUGAGCUGAUGAAGGAAUCGAUAGCAGAGCGCGACAGAAAGAACAACGUGCAGGUGCUGACAAUCCAACAGUUGACGACAAAGGUGAGUCAUCUAACAGAGCAAGUGCAGCGGUCGGAGCUGAGGACCCAGGGCCUGCAGUCCCGCCUUGAAGAAAAGGUGAGAGAGUGUCAGCUGAUGGACCGGUCGAGAGAAAAGCACAAGAGGAGGGAGGGAACACAAGCAGACAGGAUCAGACAGUUGGAGAAUGAAGUACGAGGACUGAAAGCGCAGAGGGAUGUGUCAAUUCAAACGUCCGAGAAGUUCAAGCUCAGGAUCAAGGAAAUGGAGCGGAUAAAAGCGGAGAUGAUUGGACAGCUGGAGAAUGAAGUACACAAAAUGAAGGAGGAGAGGGACAUGUCAAUUGAAUCAUUCGAGAUCAGCAAGCUCAGGAUCAAGGAACUGGAGCGGACAAAAGCGGAGAGGAUAGAACAGCUGGAGAAUGAAGUACACAAAAUGAGGGAAGAGAGGGACAUGUCAAUUGAAACAUCUGAGAAGUGCAAGCUCAGGAUCAAGGAGCUGGGGCAGAUGCUGGCAAAAGAGGUUGAAGAGAAGGAAACUUUACAAAGGCUUCUUGAACAGAUCGCAGAUACUGAGGCUGGCGGUGGGGUUGCUUGUCCACUGCGGGAGUGGACCUUUGAGGAGCUGCAAGCUGCGACACACAACUUUGAUGAAAAUCAUAAGUUGGGACAAGGGGAUCACUACGGAUGUUUGUACCAAGCCAGGCUUAGCGACAUCACGUCUGUCACGGUCCGGAAGCUAAGGGACGACGUCAUAAUGGAGAACCAGCGCACAGUAUUCAAGACAGCAGUGGUCGACAAAUUGAGGUCUCUACGGCACCCGCACAUGAUGACUCUAUUGGGAGUCUGCACUGAGAAGCCCUGCCUUGUCUAUGAGCACGUGGCCAACGGAAACCUGGAAGACUGGAUCUCCGCAUCUCCGACUUCAGCAGCACGAGGAAGGCGAUCCCUUCCAUGGUACUCACGAUUGUGCGUUAUGGCAGAAGUUGCUCAAGCACUGUGCUUUCUUCACUGCAGUGAACUGGCGACAGAUGGCCCAAUCAUUCACUCCGCUAUCAAGCCGGCGAACAUUUUUCUGGAUAUCAACUUCGCUGCUAAGCUCGGUGGGGUCGACCAAGGAUUACUCAUCCGGGGGGUCCUUGGAGGACAGCAAAUGGCCGCCGAAGUGCUAUGCCUGUCCCUACGCAACAAUUACCAGUACAUGGCACCCGAGCUUUUCCAGUCUGAGAGUUUUGAUGAGAAGACAGACAUCUACGCGCUCGGAAUCACUCUCCUGCAGAUGCUAACGGGUCACUUCCACAACGCUUUGAGAACGAUCAGAGCCCGCGUGGAAAAUUUGAAUGCCUUUGAGAAUGCUCUCGAUUCAAGUGCAGGUUGUUGGGACGUGGAGCUGGCUCAAGAGGUUGCACGCUUGGGACUACGUUGCGCGAGUUUGGAAAGGAACGAUAGACCGAACAUGAUGACGGGGGAAGGCAGUAUUUUAAAAGUAUUGGAGGGGGUUGCUGCUAACGUUCAGCUCACCGACUUGGCAGAUAAUCGAGGAGAGUUGUUCUAUGCCCACCUUUUGACUUCUGAGAAAAACCCGGAUGCACCGCUUAUUCUGGAGGAGGACGAAGGUAAACUGUGGGGUACGCAGGAAGAAUCCAUAUCUGACGAUGAACGGAACUUCUUGGAUGCUGAAUUGACCUUGGAAGAGCUAUCUACAAUCAUGUCUAACAUGGCAAGAGUGCCCUCUGCUCUGGACACGUGGCGCUGGGAGGAGGGCAACAACACCGGUGGAGGACACAAGGCGACCACUUUGACGCUACCUGCGCAGAGAGCAAACGCUCUUCCAGCUUCUGUAAGAGACUCCGACAAGUCCCUUCUGGCCGUAGGUGACAAUUAUGGUAUGCUUCACGUGUGGGACUACGAGACAAAGAUAUGUCUGGCGACCACAAUGAAAGGCCAUGAGAAGGGUGUCAAAAAUAUUGUUUGGUCUCAUUACAUCUUCUCUGCAUCAGAGGAUGGCAAGAUUGUAGUUUGGAAUGAGUCAAACUAUCAACCAAUACAAUACUAUUUCAGUGGAUGGAAUGGGCCCCCCACACUCGCUUUGGCCCCUUGUAGCGACAUGUUUCCUAGUGCGCUAAUUGUUGGAGGUGAAGGAGGUGUUGUUGUUCUAGACAUCAGAAGUCAGACCCAAGCACAAGAAGAAAAGGAGCUGAAAGAAACCGUCAAGAAGCAAGCAGAGAGAAUCGUAGAGCUCGAGAAACAACUGGAGGAGUCUACCUUACGAAUGAUGGGCCGAUCAAGAGACGAAACACAAGCAAACAGGAUCAAACAGCUGGAGACUGAAGUGCAAAAACUGAAAACAAAGAGGGAUGUGUCAAAUAAAACAUUUCCACCUCAGGCGUGGACUGCGGAAGACCUCCAGGCUGCAACAGACAAUUUCGAUGCAAGUCAUAAGUUUGGAGAAGGGGAUUAUGGAUGUUUGUACCAAGCAUUCAAGACAGAAGUCGUCGACAGAUUGAGCGCUCUCCGGCACCCUCAUGUAAUGACACUACUGGGAGUCUGCGAGGAGAGGCACUGCCUUGUCUAUAAGCACGUGGCCAACGGAAGCCUGGAAGACUGGAUCUCCGCAUCUCCGGCUUCGGCAGCAGGAGGAAGGCGAUCCCUUCCAUGGUAUUCACGAUUGCGGGUUAUGGCAGAAGUUGCUCAAGCCCUGUGCUUUCUUCACUGCAGUGAGCUGGCGACAGGUGGCCCAAUCAUUCACUCUGCUAUCAAGCCGGCAAACAUUUUUCUGGAUAGCAACUUUGGGGCUAAGCUGGGUGGGGUUGACCAAGGAUUACUCAUCCGGGGGGUCCUUGGAGGACCGGAAAUGGCCGCCGAAGUGCUAUGCCUGUCCCUACGAAACAAUUACCAGUACAUGGCACCCGAGCUUUUCCAGUCUGAGAAUUUUGAUGAGAAAGCAGACAUCUAUGCGCUUGGAAUCACUCUCCUCCAGGUGCUGACGGGUCAGUUCCACAACGCUUUGAGGAAGAUAAGAGCCACUGUUGAAGAUCCAAAUGCCUUCAAAAAUGCUCUUGAUUCAAACGCAGGAUGCUGGGACGUGGAGCUGGCUCAAGAGGUUGCUAGGCUGGGAGUACGGUGCACAAGUCUGGAGAGGAACGAUAGGCCGAGCAUGAUGACGGGCCAAGGCAACAUUCUGGAAAUACUCGAUGGGGUUGCUGUUAAGUUACACCUCCCUGAUUCAGCAGAUAAUGGAGGAGAGUAUGUGGCAAGCUAGUCGUGCUUUUCACAAGUCGCACAGUCUGCAGCUGGUGUGCUCUCGAUUCAAAUGCAGGUUGCUGUGACGUGGACCUGGCUCAAGA